AUGGCCUACAACCACCACGAUGACUCCUUCUUCAUCGAGUCGGACGAGCCCAGCUUUGAGCGAAUGAAUCCCCGCCACGCCGCCAAGAUGGUUGCUCGCCAACGGCAGGAUAUGAUUGCCGGCGAACUCUCCAGACUCGCUGGCGAAGAGUACCUCGAGGAUAUUCUUCAACACAUGGCCACCAUGGAGGAAGAGACCGUUCCCGAUGCCAACCUCAUCGACAUGCAGCGUGAGAUUCAGUGGUUUAUGCGACCCUAUCUCAUUGAUUUCAUUGUCGAGGCCCACGCCGCCUUUGCCCUCCUGCCCGAGACUCUCUUCCUCACCAUCAACCUGCUGGACCGCUACUGCUCUAGACGGGUUGUAUUCAAGCACCACUACCAGCUUGUCGGUUGCGCCGCGUUGGUCAUUGCUGCCAAGUAUGGCGACAAGAAGGAUCGUGUACCUCAGAUGGGCGAACUUAACAACAUGUGCUGCGGUCUCUACGACUUGGGCAUGUUCAUCCAGAUGGAGACGCAUGUCCUCAACACCCUCGAAUGGGCCAUCGGCCAUCCUACCGUCGAUUUCUUCACCCAGCUCAUGGCCGCCGAGGAGUGUGACGACGCCGAGGUUGAGCACAUGGCUGCCUAUCUCUGCGAGAUUGCCCUCUACCACCGCGACUUCGUCUCGACCAAGCCCUCGAUGAUGGCCCGUGCCUCGCUUGCCCUCGCCCGCGCAAUCCUCGGCCGACCCGAAGUCAACGAUGGCGAGUGGGCUCACACUGAGAACGUCACUCUCCUGACGCUCUCGCAGCACCUCAGUGAACCCUCUCCCACGCUGGCCCGCAAAUAUGCCACGCCCGACCUGUCUCGUGUCUCGCAGAAGCUUUCGGACUUUAUGGCUGAGCAGGCUGCCAUGGCUCGUCGCGCGAACCCACCUUCCCCUCAGGUGCAGCUCGCUGCCAAGCCUUCCAACAUCUACAGCACUCCUCAAAAGGGCCACGGUGCCGCCACUGGCUUCGAGGGUUACCUGACGCCCCCCAUCACCCCCGAUGGUGUUCAAUACGGUCACGGUCAGGCGCAAAGAGAAGUAUACACUUCGUUGCCGCCCCGAUGCCCCGUCACUCCCACACCGCAUCAAAACCAAGGGACAUAUGCAGCACAGGCGCAACAAGGGCACAGCAGCCAGCAUUACAUGCAAUAUUGA